GAGCCUCUUGUCAGGGGGUUGGUUGGCCGGCAUUAGCUCGCCCGCCCAGCGCUUCCGCAUUACAGCUGUUUGUAGCCCCUCCCCGCUUAGAACUUCCGAAUGAGCGUCUGGAACCGGAAGUUAGCCUCCUGCUUGUGCUGCUCGCUCCCAAGACACCAGCAACCAUGAUCUCCUAAGGAGCCUCAGAGCGGUUCCUUUGUAUAAGUGAUAGCCAAUUAGCGCUGUGUGACGGCUCCGCUGCUGAAUGAGGUGGGAACCGAACACGCAGAGUGCGAGGAUGCUGUGAGUGCGAGUUUCCAUUCUGAAUGCUCUCAGUCGGAACGCUGAGGGUGCAGCUGACCGAGCUAUGCGUUAGCGGGCAGGAUCGCAGCGCCUUGUGAUAUUCCCGCUGGGCACUGCCAGGCUUCGGCCCACACAGCUGCGUCACUUUUGCUGAGGAUAAGGGGCUCUGUGGAACCAUGGCCUGGGCAUUGAAGUUACCGCUGGCGGACGAAGUGAUCGAGUCUGGCUUGGUGCAAGACUUUGAUGCCAGUUUAUCUGGGAUCGGGCAGGAACUUGGCGCUGGUGCCUACAGCAUGAGUGAUGUGCUUGCCUUGCCUAUAUUCAAGCAAGAAGAAUCUAGCCUGCCGUCUGAGAAUGAAAACAAAAUCCUGCCUUUCCAGUAUGUGCUUUGCACUGCUACCUCUCCAGCUGUAAAACUCCACGAAGAGACUCUGACAUAUCUCAAUCAAGGGCAGUCUUAUGAAAUCAGGAUGUUGGAUAACAGAAAAAUGGGAGAAUUGCCAGAAUUAAAUGGAAAGUUGGUUAAGAGUAUUUUCCGAGUGGUGUUUCAUGACCGCCGCCUACAGUACACAGAGCAUCAGCAGCUAGAAGGAUGGAGGUGGAAUAGACCUGGAGACAGAAUACUUGACAUUGAUAUUCCUAUGUCUGUUGGAAUCAUUGACCCCAGAGCUAAUCCGACCCAGCUGAAUACCGUUGAGUUCCUUUGGGACCCUGCAAAGAGGACAUCAGUGUUUAUUCAAGUUCAUUGCAUAAGCACUGAAUUCACCAUGAGGAAGCAUGGAGGUGAGAAAGGUGUUCCCUUCCGAGUUCAGAUCGACACAUUUAAAGAAAAUGAGAAUGGAGAGUACACAGAGCAUUUACACUCUGCCAGCUGUCAGAUCAAAGUCUUCAAGCCAAAAGGAGCAGACAGAAAGCAGAAAACAGACAGAGAAAAGAUGGAGAAGAGGACACCUCAGGAAAAGGAGAAAUACCAGCCUUCCUAUGAAACAACCAUCCUCACAGAGUGCUCACCUUGGCCAGAAAUCACCUAUGUGUCAAAUGCUCCAUCUCCAGGAUUUAAUAGCAGUCACAACAGUUUCCCAAUUGGGGAAGGACAAACCAAACCCCUCGAAACAGCUAGGAAUGGCUCCCCAAAUCACCAGCCUGAGCCUCCUGCUCCCAUUGUAGAUGUAAGUGCAGGAUUGACGCCAAUCCAGAACCUCUUGCCUACAUCAACCCCUCAGGAGGCACAACAGUGGCUACAUAGAAAUAGAUUUGCUGCAUUCUCGCGGCUUUUCACAAAUUUCUCAGGUGCAGAUUUAUUAAAGUUAACUAGGGAUGAUGUUAUCCAAAUCUGUGGUCCUGCAGAUGGCAUUCGACUCUUUAAUGCUCUUAAGGGCAGGAUGGUGCGGCCAAGACUUACCAUUUAUGUCUGUCAGGAGUCCCAGCAGUUGAGGGAGCAGCAGCAACAACACAAACACGAGAAUGGGGAGGCAGGAAACAGUGCUUUUUAUGUUUAUCAUGCCAUUUACUUGGAGGAAAUGACGGCCAUUGAAUUAACUGAGAAGAUUGCCCAGCUCUUCAGUAUUUCUCCCCAUCAAAUCAACCAGAUCUACAAACAAGGGCCCACUGGAAUCCAUGUUCUUAUCAGUGAUGAGAUGAUCCAAAACUUUCAGGACGAGUCUUGUUUUAUCUUGGACACAAUGAAAGCUGAAACAAAUGACAGCUAUCACAUCAUCUUAAAAUGAGGUGCGAGGUGCCACGGAUCAGAUGAAUAGAGAUGUUAUCCACAGAAGAAGCAGAUUCUGUCUCUCUGAGCCAUUUUUUCAGCUCACAAGACUUACAUGCACUAGUAACAAGACCCUAAAGGAGAAAAAAACAUGUGUUGCCAAGUGAUGGAUUGGCAUACUGUGAUCUUUACCCGCCUUCAUUUCUCACCUAGUCCAGUCAUCCUCAGCAGAGUGGCUUUUCUUGUGCAGAUUGAAAGCAGGCAUUCUAUUUCCUCUGCUCCAUCCCAUACUGUGGGGACUAUAGAGAAUGCUGUUGCAGGCCCAAAGAGGCUUAAAGGAAAGCAUAUUAAUCAAAUGAGAGGGUAGCUGAAGGGUUGUGAAAGCUUAUUGAUUCUAAGGAUCUGCUCACAGCUCAAUGUAACAUAACACAGUAUGUUUCUGACAUUGUGAUCGCAGAGAAAGUAAAAGCCUAAGCUGAGCAGCACAUGACUGGUUCGUACAUUCACUGGCAUCUUUUGUUCGUUUGUUUUUUAUACUUGUAAAAGAAAUGUAAGGCUUUUCAUGGAGGAUGUGAGGCCAAUAUUCCAAGUUCCUAAACACUGUGUAAGUGAUCAUCCCAAAAAAACGGAAAAGGGUUUCAUUUUUAUGUAGCAUGUGUAUCUUUUGUAUGAUGCUUUUUGUACCUUCUCCUUAUUCUUUAGCUAUUGCUGUCACCCCCCCCCCCCCCCCCAGCCGGAAUUUUUACUUGUCUUUGAGCAUAUUUUUUUUUAUGGCUGCCUUUAUGUAAGGAUCAUCGCCUGUUAUUUUACAUGACUGGGGGCAGAUAAUGCUCCUAUCACUUGUUAGGGUAUUUUGUUUUGCUGUGAGAGAACCUGGAAUCAUAUAGUGUAAUAUUGCUGCAAGUGACCAGGUAAAGCAACAAUGACAAAAGGAAACCCCUGUCCCUUACAGUUUGUUUUAUGGUCAUGAUGUCGUCUUUGCUGCCAACCAGCAUGACUGCCUACCCCUGUAUUGUUCCCCUUUUAUUUCCGUCAUCUGAAUUAACAAAAUAUUGCUUUGCUCUAUUUAUGCAGACACCUGUGGAAGUCUACAUGUUUUAUAAGAUAGAGUAACCCCCUUAUGUCCCGCCACCCCCCAAAAAGAUUGAAUCAUUUGGAUCCCAAGCUACCGAGAGUGUUUUACUCCAGAAACCAGAUGUUAUAUUGUCCUUAAAUUGAAAUUACUUAAUAUUGGUAAUGGGAAUUAAGAAAGGACAUGUUUUUUUAGUAGCUGUUUAUUCAGCUACUUUGGCAUUAUGUGCAGUUGGCUCUGUCUUGCCAGCCUAACACCCCUAUCCCACGAACCUCCAAAAUCCUGUCCUUGUGUAUCCUAUGGGGGAAUAAUAGUCCAAUGAAAAUUAGCUGCAAUAUUUGUAAAUUUGGUUCUGGGAAAGAAAAUAAAACAAAGUGUACAAUUCUCAAAACUCUUAAACACCAAAUAAUGUAUUUCAUAAUAAAUGGACAAACUUUUUUUGUUUUAUAACUAA